CUGCAUUUAUUUUUAGAGCUUUGAGCUUCCUGUCUCCCUGUGUUCUUUGUCAGUGGACUGAGCCGAGGUGGAGGGGAGCAGUUGGGAGGGGGCGUUCAGCAAGGGAGAGAGCGAGAACAGCAUUUUGAAACCCAGCUGAUCAGAGCUGUGAUGUGCUGCCACAGUCGGAGAGUGAACGUGACUGGGGGAAAAGAAAAGUGAAGAUAAUAGAAAGCAGCUGAAGUCUUGGUGAUUUUAAGACGGAGAACACAUAAAUAGAAGAGUGGAAGAGAAAUGUCUCCUCCCUUUCAUGGGAACCUGGGAACUCAUGUGAAGAGAGAGGCUCUGUGGAAAGAUGUGAGAGCAUUUGGCAGGGUGGAAAUUUGAGGAAGAAACACACAGAAAAGGAUCAGUCAGGCUCUGGAAACCAGUCCAGUGAGUCUUUGACUUAAAAAAGGGUUGGAAGAAAACCUGUGGAAAGAGAAGUGAUGUCUUGGCUGUCACCCGUGUCAUGGGCCAAAUGGACGUGGACGGCGGUGCGAGGGGGAGAGGAGGGAGAGGAGGAUGAAGAGGGGCAAGAGGCCAGCGAGGAGAGAGAGCAACGUGGAGAACGAGGAGAGGAAGAGGAGGAGGAGAGAUCUCAAAGCUGCAGCUCUGACUCAGAGGGUCAUUUUGGCACUCCUGAAGCAGCAACUCCUGUCCACGCACCCCUAACCAUCCCAAGAGAGCUGGAGAACAACAACACAGAUGCAGACAAAACAGAUGUGGAUCAGGAGGAGCACAUGAUAGUUACUGCUCCGGUUUGGGAUCAGGAUAUUUUUCUCAGCCACAACAUGGGUCAGGAUGAGCCUGCGGUCCCCAUGGGUGGCCCACUGGAAGAAAACAUCCAGACCCUGGAAAAAGAACAAACACAGAAUCUUGCAGAAGCCUUGGGCUCUGUGCCUGUCCCUGCUCCAUCCUCCGUGAAGGAAGGGCCUGAAGUGGCCAAAUGCACAGGGCCAUCCUCUGAGCCAUCCCAAGUCCCAGUCCCUGUCCUAGUGGAAGAUCCUGUCCCGGAUGUGGCUCCAGCUUCCGUUCCUGUUCCUGUUUCUGUUUCUGCUCCAACCCCAGAACCAGAUUCAGUUCAGAGCAUUGAUCCUGCAGCCAGACUAGCUCCAGAGCCCACUGAGCAGAAACCUCUUGUUAAACCAGAACCACAGUGCAAUGGCCUUGACCAGACAGAGCCUCCUACAAAGACUAAAACCAGCAGGUCUAAGCCUCCAUCCCUGAAGGUGAAGGCCUCUCCAAACGAGCUUGCACAAACAAACGAGGAGGAAGAACUUCCUCUUCCGAAGGCCACUUACAAAUUUGACCCUGACCAGCUGGAUGACAGCUUUAACCCCUUCACCUGCGGCGGAUCCAAAAUCCAAAACUCUCCCCCACCAUUCGGUUCAAGCUCUCUUCCCAGACUUGACCCACUCGGUAGCUCCUUGCCUGUGUGUGAAGCCAGCUCAGCAGCUCCAGCCGAAGCACAGAUAAUGGAAUCAUCGUCAAAGUCAACGUCUGUGAUGCUGGAGUUUGGUCUGGACGAGGGGACAGUCAGCAAGCCACCUCCGAGGAAAUUAGGUGGUAAAAAGACAAUCAGCAAACUUGCAGCUAAAAAGCAGAAGGCCAAAGGAUCAGGAGCUUCCUGCCAACCAGCACCAGAACCCACAGUAUCAGAAUCAGAUUCUCAACCAGCAUCAGAACCAGUUUUUCAACCUGUGUCAGAACCAGUUUCAGAUCCUUUUCCAGAAACUGCUUUGCCAAUUUCAGACUCUACUGCAGCUCUUAACCUUGACGAUAUUCCUAUUUCUAAAUCGGGAACAUAUAACUUUGAUCCCAGUCAGUGGGAUGACCCAAACUUCAAUCCGUUUGGUAGCAGUAGCACAGUGAGCAGCUCUCCAAUGCUCCCUAAGAGCUCCUACAGUUUCACUCCAGACAGUUUGGAUGAAUCCGUGGACCCUUUUAAAUCCUGCACGACUAUGAUUGCAGAGGACACAGCCAGUAGCGCCCCUCAGCCAGAGACAAAAGUGAAAGAUGGAGGCAAACAGAAAACAGGGCAACCAGCGGGAGAGAGGAAAGGGAGACAGAUUCCCAAGAAAAGCAAAGAGAGGACAAUCAUGAAUUCCUGUAAAGUUCAGAAAUAUGAUGAGAGCCAGUCCUUGGUUCUCGAUGUGUGCAAUCAGGAGGAGGAUGAGGUGGUGGCUCAGACCCCAGAGAUCACUAAGCGAGUUCAUCACGCCACUGAUGAGGAGAAGCUUGCCUCCACUGGCAUUAUGGGCCAGACAGCAGACAGCCAGGACGAGAGAGGAGAACCCAAAUGCAAUAAAGCACCUGCAAAAAAAAUGCCAAUCAAUGAUAUAUCUGUUAUGGAUGGUCCUGAGACGAAGAUUACAGAUCACCUGAAGGAGGAGGACACCUGCAGUCUGAAAGAUGAUAUAAGUGAGGUAUCCAUGAACCUGAUAACAAUGGUGACAGGCAGUGAGGGCCCAGCAACAGCAGCCCUCUCCCAGGCCAACAUACCUCAGAGUGAGAUGGACAAGGCCGCAGUGCUCACCCUGAUCAGAGAAGAGAUCAUCACUAAAGAGAUGGAGGUCAAUGAGUGGAAGAAGAAGUAUGAGGAGAGCAGGGCUGAGGUUUUGGAGAUGAGAAAAAUUGUUGCAGAGUAUGAGAAAACCGUUGCUCAAAUGAUUGAGGACGAGCAGCAGCAGAAGACCCUGUCCUGCAGUAAGUCCGUCAGACAGCUGACCAUAGAGAGGGAUCAGGCCUUGGCUGACCUCAACUCUGUGGAGCGCUCGUUCGCUGACCUCUUCAGGAGGUAUGAAAACAUGAAAGGAGUCCUGGAGGGCUUCAAGAAGAAUGAGGAGGUGCUAAAGAAGUGUGCGCAUGACUACCUGAUGCGUAUCAAGCAGGAGGAGCAGCGAUAUCAAACUCUCAAGGUGCAUGCCGAGGAGAAACUUGAUAAGGCUAAUGAAGACAUAGCCCAGGUACGUGCCAAGAGCAACUCAGAGAGUGUCGCACUAAACGCCAGCCUGAGGAAGGAGCAGAUGAAGGUGGAGUCACUUGAAAGAGCUGUCCUUCAAAAGAAUCAAGAGAUCGAGGAGCUCACUAAGAUCUGCGAUGAAUUGAUCGCCAAACUGGGGACAGACUAAGAGGCCUUUAAUCAACAUUUCACUGCAACAUUGAUGUAAAUACUGUACCUGAUCACACUUUAAGCACAUGUCAAGCGUCUCUUUCUCUCUGCUCAUAUGAUUUAGAAAAAUACAUUUAUAAUGCAAAACGGUUGCUCUUUUCAGAUUGAAAUAUGAAACCUGCACAAUAAUUGUUCAUAGUGGAAGUUUAAAAAGUGCAAAGCUAUCGCAAUGUGUAUUUUAAUUAUUCUGAAGGAGUAUUAUUGAUCUUUGGUUAAGGAUCUACAUCAAAUGCUUGUUUUAUGGUUCAAAGAUUCAUCAGAUUUUAACUGUUUAACACUCUUCCUUGUAAUGUAUGGACUUUUGUUCUAUUACAGAGAAUUUCCAUUGCCGUUUUAUACAGCAUGUUUAACACCAAACUAACAAUAAUGGAACUAAGGGAAAGACAGGACAGACAUAAAUAGUGAUUAAUGUCUGUCUACACUGUAAUUGCCUGUGUUGAAAAUACAGUUGUCAGAAAGGACAAAUCUCUCUAUUCAGUGCCUAAACUGAUCAUAGUGUAUUAGUUUCCUGGCUUAUGGAUAAUAGAUACAGAUAACAGUAUUAUUACUUAAAUACUUAUAUUAUUUCUUAAGUUGCUUUUGAGUUUUUUUGUCUGUGUUUGACAUGGAUAUAUAGUAGGGUGUAUAUUGUAUAUAUAUGGAAAUAUAUACAAUGUGUGAUAAAGUCCUCAUUUAUGCAGAGUUUGAGUUUUGACAUUGUGUUUAUUAUGCCUACCAUAAAUCUCUGGGAUUGUUAAAUAUGAAGGGCACUUAAGAGAAUCUUGAAUUCUGUUCUAUAUUAUCGUGUUCAUUUGGAGAUAGUUUUGCGGUGAUGGGUGGGAAUUAAAGUUUAGUUUGAAACUUAAGUAGUGAAAACUUUGCUCUUAUUAUACUGUCAAAUAAAACCAUGUGCCAUGUUUAAUUUUCUCACUCUGCGUUUAAAUGCCGAAAAGUAAGAAACGCAUUCUGACAUUGCCAUGUACAUAUUUUUGGAUUGUAUUCAUAUUUCAUGUAAGCCCAAAUGUUGCUGGUGUGCCUUUAUUUUGUGUUAUUUUGUAAAACAAAAAAAAGUUUUUUAGUUCCUUCAUGUCGCUGCUUCCAAAAUUGGUUGCCAAAAUGUACUAUAUACAUUAUAUAUCUUUUAUGAUUAAAACCCCCGGAACAACAGCGCGUUAAAAUGGGUUUGCAUUUAAGCUGAAGGUCUGUGUUUUUGUGAGCAGAGAGUUCAUCAUGUGAUAAUAUCUUUAUCGCUAACAUCAGAAUAUUCUGCUCCGAUUGAACCUGAAGAAGCUCACGAGUGUAUUUCUGGUCAGAUGUGUUUGAGAUAUAAAGGACAGAUUGUUCUGUGGAUGCCUUGUUUCACGUCAGCACAAUCAAUUGCCAAAUGUCCUUGUAAAAUGACAUGAGUUUCAGUGUGACUCUGUGUCCUGUUGUAGUGGUGUUACUUUGGUCUGAAGGUGCUUUUCAAUGCAAAUCCAUUGUUACGGUCCAACAUAUGUAAAUUUUAUAGUUAAUGAAAAGAAUAUUGUUCCAAAUAUUUGUAAAAAUGAAGAGUAAAGUGUACCCAGAUUGUAUGUUAACUGCUAUAUUUUGUGCAUUCUUGAAUAAAUGGUUAAGAUUUAAU